AUGAAAAAUAACUCAUUUCUCGUAACGUUAAUUAUCGUUUUAUGCAGUUUGGUUAGUUAUAUUAUUGGUGAUGCACCUCAUUUUAUAUCUGCUUUUGGACUUACGGUUCGUUCUUCUUCGCAAUUGACUAAUCAACUCUAUGAGGUUGUUGUAUCAACAGAAGAAGUGCUUGGUGAUCAAAAGAUUCGAAUACUUGUUCCAACUGAUUAUGCAACUAGUGGUGUUAGUCGUCGUUAUCCUGUUCUUUACUUAUUGCAUGGUGCAGGUGGUAGUGAAAUAGAUUGGACAACAAGUGGUAUAGCUGGAAAAGUUUGCAGUAAUCUAUCAUUAAUUACUGUUAUGCCCAAUGGUGGGGAAGUUGGAUUCUAUACAAAUUGGAUCAUUCCUGGAAAGUUGGCUCCACAAAACUGGCGUACAUUUCAUAUGGAACAAUUAGUACCUUGGGUUGAUUUUAAUUUACGAACAGUGACCAAAAAACAAGGUCGUGCUAUCGCUGGUUAUUCGAUGGGUGGAUUUGGCGCGAUUCAUUAUGCUGAAUUAUAUUCUAGUAAUUUUGUUUAUGCAGCAAGCUUUUCUGGUGCCCUUGAUCUGAUGAAUCCUGUUAUUCAAAGCUUAAUAUAUAACAUAAGAAUUAUUGAUAAUAAACCACUUGUAGGCCCAUUUGGUUAUCCUUCUGAUUCUAUCAGUUCCAAUGAAUGGUUUGCUCAAAGUACAACUACUCAUGCUGCAGUUCUACAUGAUAUAUCUGUAGCACUUUAUACAGGUAACGUCGGUUCUUUGGAAGUGGCAUUACGUGAUAGUAGUUAUCGUUUACGCGAUUUAUUAACAUUGUUCAGUUUUCCAGUUUAUUUCAUGGAUUAUGGGGAUGGAAAAUUGAUUGGCUAUGGUUGCGAUGGAAAUCACGAUUGGUUAUGUUUUAAUGCAGCUCUCAUUGAUGUUUUACCGCGUAUAGUGGCCGUUUUACAACAAGAAUUUUGA